AUGGCCACUUUACAUGAGGCGCUCCAAUGCCUCAAACCAACAUCGUGGGAUGAGGUCCCUCAAGAACCUGCCGAGCUCCGCAAAUACGUACGCGAAAUCUUCAAAGAUAGCCGGCUGGUAGCAGAAUCGCUCCCAGACCCUCCCUCCACCGAAAGCGAUUCCUACCCCGGGCUCGAUCUAGAUGAAGAGGACCUCGCAUUUCCGCGAUUUGCGCCAUCAAAUGCACGAAUUGGAGAAACCGACCCGCAAAUUACGGCUUUACAAAAAGAAUGGGGGAAGCCACUCAAAAUGGGUGGGCCGAAAGACAACCCAUUAGACGUGACUGUAUGGAAACUCUCUGCAAAUGAUGGCGGAGGGUCGUGGUUUGGGCGGAGGAGUGUACACGAAGGUCUUCCCUUCGACCAGUGGCGGAACAAGAUCUCAACAGAGUACGACGAGACGCUGAAGGUCAACCAAAAGAAACUUGCAAAGGGGCAGACUGCCGACAAAAGCAUUCGUGGAAUUGGCGCUGAACAAAAAGUCGAAUCGAUCGAAAUCAAAGAUGACGAUGGGUCUGUGCUGGGCGAUUUGAUUGUCUAUCAUGUCUCCGCCCAGUUCCCUAAGCCUACUGCGCCCCGUGAUUUUGUGGCCCUGAUCAUCAACUCGGAUUCAGGGUUGCAGAUUGGGGGCACGAAACAGCCCGGUCGCAGCUGGAUGAUUAUCUCUAAGCCAUGUGACCACCCUGACGUACCCGCCAAGCAGGGCUAUACUCGAGGAAAUUAUGAAUCUGUUGAGCUCAUUCGCGAAAUUCCCAGGAAUAGCGAUAGUGGCAGCAGCUCCUCUAGCCAGGGAGAAAAGAAGGUGGGGUCUGACAAGGAGGGAACACUUGCAACCGAUGAGGAUGAUGCCAUGAACCCGGUGGAGUGGAUCAUGGUAACUAGAAGCGACCCUGGUGGCAGCAUCCCACGAUGGAUGGUUGACAAGGGAACGCCUAGAAGUGUGGGAUUGGAUGCUGCAAAAUUCAUCAAUUGGGCUGUCCAGAAUGACAAGCCUCCCAAAGAGGAUACCUCAGAGAAGGAAAGCUCCAAUGCUUCAACUCCCGAGGCCAAAUCCGGGAAGUCAGUCAAUGCUGAACCCGACUGCAACCAGGCCAGUGACUCGGACUCGGACUACGAAUCGCUCGAAAGCGACGGUGAACACUCUCACCACGGCUUGAUCGCCAGUGUCACAGGCCUCCUCAGCUCAGGCCUGGAAAGAUAUGGUCCGCAGGUCUUGGGAUACGGAGCCAACACACAGGUACCGCAUGGACCUGCUGAACCAAAUCGAUCACAAGGCGACGCAGACGCAGAUUCCACAAACCACUUGAGUCCAGGAAGUGCUCGACGGGAAAAGCCGGCUUCCGAGGUCGAGUCAUCCAAAUCUCACGAGCCAGAGCUCGCGUCAAUUGCAUCUGCUCAAUCGGACAUACCCGUGCCCGUUGUUGACGACCUUCCGCAUAAUAGCAUGGGCCAAGAAGAACUGGUCCAAAUGACAAAGAACGGCAAGCUCACGUCUCACGAGAAAGAGCUUGCAAAGCUGGCUCUUCGCAAACGCGAAGUUGAAACCAAACUUGAAGAGGUCCGCGCAGAGCUUGAAAAACUCAACAUUAAGCAACUCCCCACGAAUCCAGGCACUCCGCUGAAAGGCAUCAACGAGACAGACAGCGAUACUAGCGGGUUACGCAAGCGCGCAGCUACAAAUCGCUCUUCCACUCCCGCUAGCACUGCAACGCAAUCGAGCCCGCAAGACAGCAGUGAGAAAUCAUCGCAGACAGCUACGCCUGAUGCAGCCAAUUCACACAAAGCUGCCUCGCAGCUUCUAAGUGGGGAGACCAAGCUUCUCAAACAGCUGCGCAAAAUCGAGGCUAGUCAACUUAAAGUUGCCACCAAGAUCGAGACAAAGCAGCGAAAGCACGUGGAGCGUUCUGAGAAGUCCAAGUCCAAAUCAGAGGUUGAAACUUUGAAGCAGGAGAUUCAAGAUCUCAAAAAAGAAGUUCGACAGCUCAGAAAUGAUCGCCAGAAAUAUAUAGAUCUUGUGGGCUCGCUCCAGGCUGAGAAUUCGAGAUUGGUGGCUCAAGGGGAGAAUUGA